UGGGAGUGAUGUCAGCGCCCAGCUCGGUGCCUGCCCGGAUUCCUGACAUGGUGUAGGGCGGACGGGGUGGGGAAGCGACCGGAGGACUCGCGCUCCGCCCGCCUGCGGCCGCACCGCGUGCCGGGCUUGGGACUCCGAGGGGAGCUGAAGCGGAACGUGGGGAAGCCGGCGCCCGCGCCUCGCCGCCCCGCAGUGUAAACAAACUUGUACGGAUCACUUUGCUAAGUCCAUUCAACGUUGGAAGAGCUGGAAAAAAAAUCAAUAUUUAAUUUGCUGCUUUUAAAAAUAUCUCGGGUGGAAUUUGCCCUUGACGCCCAAGAAAAUGAUGAGUGACGCAAGUGACAUGUUGGCGGCGGCGCUGGAGCAGAUGGAUGGCAUCAUAGCAGGUUCUAAGGCGCUGGAGUAUUCCAAUGGGCUCUUUGAUUGCCAGUCUCCCACGUCUCCGUUCAUGGGGAGCCUGCGCGCGCUGCACCUCGUGGAGGACCUGCGUGGGCUGCUGGAGGUGAUGGAGACGGAUGAGAAGGAAGGCCUCAGGUGCCAGGUCCCGGACUCCACGGCGGAGACGCUGGUCGCUUGGCUGCAGAGCCACCUGACGAACGGACACCUCCCUGGGAACGGAGACGUGUAUCAGGAGAGGCUAGCACGCUUGGAAAAUGAUAAAGAGUCGCUCGUUCUCCAGGUGAGUGUGCUAACAGACCAGGUGGAGGCCCAGGGAGAGAAGAUUCGAGACCUGGAGUUCUGCCUGGAGGAGCACAGGGAGAAGCUGAACGCCACGGAGGAGAUGCUGCAGCAGGAGCUCCUGAGUAGGACGUCCUUGGAGACUCAGAAGUUAGAUCUCAUGGCGGAAAUUUCCAACUUGAAGUUGAAGCUGACGGCUGUGGAGAAGGACAGACUGGAUUACGAGGACAGAUUCAGAGACACGGAAGGGCUGGUUCAGGAGAUCAGUGACCUGAGGUUGAAGGUCACUGAGAUGGACAACGAAAAACUUCAGUACGAAAAGAAGCUCAAGUCCACCAAAUCUCUAAUGGCCAAACUUUCUAGCAUGAAAAUCAGAGUUGGUCAGAUGCAGUAUGAAAAGCAGCGGAUGGAGCAAAAGUGGGCGUCCCUGCAGGAGGAGCUGGCGUCUCUGAAAGAGCAGCUGGAAGAGAAGGAGUGUGAGGUCAAAAGGCUGCAGGAGAAGCUGGCCUGCAGGAUGAGAGGAGAGGGGGUCGAGAUUCUGGACAGAGAUGAAAAUUUUAAAAAGAAGCUCAAAGAAAAAAAUAUUGAAGUCCAAAAAAUGAAAAAGGCCGUGGAGUCUCUCAUGGCAGCGAAUGAAGAAAAGGAUCGGAAAAUAGAAGAUCUUCGGCAGUGCCUGAACAGGUACAAGAAAAUGCAAGACCCAAUGGGAUCGGCCCAGGGUAAGCAAGGCAGAGAUGGUGACUAUGACGACCUGCUCCAUUCCAGUUCCGUCUCUACCCUGCUGGACGCUCAGGGCUUCAGUGAUGUGGAGAAAAGCCCCUCGCCCACCCCUGGGAUGGGGUCUCCCAGUUGCGACCCAUUUAACACGAGUGUUCCAGAAGAGUUCCACACCAGCACCUUGCAAGUUACAAUCCCUUCAUUACUGCCAGCACCUGGAAGCAUGGAAACUUCUGAAAAAGUCAAGUUGCCUUCCAAGCCGGAAGCUUCAUUCGAAGAGAACGAUGGAAAAAUAACCCUUGGCAAUGCUGCUGAAACCCAGCUGUCUGAUGGUCUUCUAACUUCGAGUCUGCAAAAGUCCAGCAGCCUGGGCAACCUGAAGAAAGAGACAGCAGAAGGGGAGAAGGAGUCCCUUUCAAAGUCAUCUGAGGAGCCAGCCCCGGGGGACAGCAGCCCUGUGGCGAGCCUGCCGCCCCAAACCCGGCGACACGAGGCCUCCGCCGACGACAACCCGUUUGGCACUCGGAAAGCCAGGUCUUCCUUCGGCCGGGGCUUCUUUAAGAUAAAGAGCGGCAAGAGGACGGCGAGCGCGCCGAACCUGGACCGUAAUCGAAGUGCCAGUGCACCCACCCUAGCUGAGACAGAAAAGGAGGCAUCCGAGCACCUGGAUCUGGCUGGUACGUCUUCUCGGCCAAGAGAGUCGCAGGGGCACAGUCCCUUCCAGAUCUCUCCCCCGUCUCCAGAUUCCAAAAAGAAAUCCAGAGGUAUCAUGAAACUGUUCGGAAAACUUCGGAGAAGUCAGUCCACUACAUUCAACCCAGAUGACAUGUGUGAGCCUGAAUUCAAAAGAGGAGGGACAAGGGCAACAGCAGGGCCCCGACUGGGUUGGUCUCGAGAUUUGGGCCAGUCUAACAGUGACUUGGAUAUGCCAUUUGCCAAGUGGACCAAGGAGCAAGUUUGCAACUGGCUUGUGGAACAGGGCUUGGGCUCCUACCUGAGUUCCGGCAAGCACUGGAUUGCAUCUGGCCAAACACUUUUGCAAGCUUCUCAGCAAGAUCUAGAAAAGGAACUUGGGAUCAAGCAUUCACUUCAUCGAAAGAAGCUGCAGCUGGCACUGCAAGCCCUGGGAUCAGAGGAAGAAACCAACCACGGGAAGCUGGAUUUCAACUGGGUCACUAGAUGGCUGGAUGAUAUCGGCCUCCCCCAGUAUAAGACCCAGUUUGAUGAAGGACUGGUUGAUGGUCGGAUGCUGCAUUACAUGACCGUUGAUGACUUGCUGUCGUUGAAGGUUGUGAGCCUGCUCCACCACCUCAGCAUCAAAAGGGCCAUCCAGGUCCUGCGCCUCAACAACUUCGAACCCAACUGCCUGCGGAGGCGGCCCUCGGACGAGAACAGCAUCACCCCCUCCGAGGUUCAGCAGUGGACCAACCAUCGCGUGAUGGAGUGGCUACGCUCCGUGGACCUGGCGGAGUACGCCCCGAACCUCAGAGGCAGCGGCGUCCACGGCGGGCUCAUGGUGCUCGAGCCGCGUUUCAACGUGGAAACCAUGGCUCAGUUACUGAACAUCCCACCCAACAAGACCCUGCUGCGCAGGCACCUGGCCACCCACUUCAACCUUCUGAUCGGCGCCGAGGCCCAGCACCAGAAGCGAGACGCCAUGGAGCUGCCGGACUACGUCCUGCUCACGGCCACGGCCAAAGUGAAGCCAAAGAAACUUACCUUCAGCAAUUUUGGGAACCUGAGAAAGAAGAAGCAGGAAGAUGGGGAAGAAUAUGUUUGUCCGAUGGAGUUGGGACAGGUGUCAGGAAGUGCAUCCAAGAAAGGAUUUAAACCUGGUCUGGACAUGCGUCUCUACGACGAGGACGACCUGGACCGGCUAGAGCAGAUGGAAGAUUCCGAAGGGACGGUCAGACAGAUUGGCGCCUUCUCCGAGGGUAUCAACAACCUGACGCACAUGCUCAAGGAGGAUGACAUGUUCAAAGAUUUCGCCGCCUGCUCACCGAGCACCAGCAUCACGGACGAAGACUCCAACGUCUGACCGUGGCACGGCAGCCCUCAGCCUCGCGCCCACCUUAGCCCUCGCACGCUCUCCGUGCACGCAGCAAGCGGCAGCGUCUGCGCGCUCCAUCGUUCAGCCGCUGCCCCUCGGCAACAGGACGUGGAAAGUGGGGGAGACGCACCUGUUGGCGUUAGCACACCAACGAGAGGGACACCACCGGAGAAUGGGCGUCUGCUUGCUUUGCCCCUAUUUAAUGUACAAACCUGUGAUUUAUUAUAUUUAAGGCGUUGCAUUUGCGCUGCGGAUUUUGCCAUGGCAUUUCCACUCAUACCCCCCGGGACGCAGGGUCUGUGAAGCGGUGACCGGGACGUGGGCCCUUUCGUCACGUCCCAGGAUUUUGCUGUAGCCAACCGAACAGGACGCGCUGUGCCCGCCAACUCCACUGUGGAAUCUCUUUAAGCAGUCGGCGUGCCUGCCAGAUGCCAGCCACACCUCCACUUGCCUCUUUUUGUCUUAUUUUUUAUAUAUUUUUCUAAAUAUCUGUGUAUAUAUACAGCACAUAGAAAAAUAGAAGUUUUAUUUUGUGACAUAAGGAAGAUGGUGAUAAGAUCACAUUUUAAAGCAAAAACAGAAACAAACAAAAAAAAAAUAGCAAUCCACAUGUUGCUAUUCCAGCUGGUUCCAGAGAGAUCCGAAUGCUCUUUCGGCACAACCGAAUUUUAACCAACUUGAUCCAUCAGGCUUAUAUAUAAAGUGUUUUAUAUAGAGAUGCAUGUAUAAAAAGUGUUUUAUAUAUCUAAAUGCGUAUAUAUAAAGUGGCCCUCCUCUGACACAGCAGGCCGGUGAGGAACAUCAUCCUGAACCUGGGAUCCUUUUACCUCCUGAGGAGGAAAGCAAGGGAAACGAUGCACUAUUAACUUCAACGCAUUCAGAAUCACUCUCCCUCCCCACCCCGCCCCGACAAGAUUUGUAGAAAUAAUUUCUAAAGAAACCAGAAACGAAGCCAAAACCAUGACAGUAUUAAGUGUCUUACUUUGCUUCUUCGCCCAAGACACCAUCACAUCAAAAUACUAACGUCAGCCUAAACACGCCACCUUGUGUGAUCAGCAGGUGGGGCCUUUUGGAAGACUGCAUCUUUGGGCAGCUUGUCUCUGCCAGAGUUCCAAAAACUCCGAGGUAGCCGCAGUAGUUUUACGGUGGCUGCUUUGUGCGGAUAAAAUGCAGUGCGUGUUUGCGGCACAGGCACACGGCAGUGGGGAGCUACUGCGAACACUGUGACUCCAUGUGGUAUGUUUUUCUAGCGGUCUUGGGAAGGAUCUUCUGCUCUUUACGCGGUGCUACGUAAUUACUGGUUACAGCCAACCCCGGAAAAGGCAGGAUUCCACAAACGGGAGUGGAGAAGCAGUUCCGUGUGUGUCAGGGAACUCUGGUUAUGAAUUGUAUUGACUAGCAAUGGUCUCGUCUCGUACGUUGUCAGUAACUGACCAAGCCAUUUGUCAAGGAACCUGUAGCACUAGCUGACUAUUUAUUUGUAGCACCAGUGAUUUGAUGCUAACGGUGAUCGCCUUUGAACUCUGCCAUUCAUGAGCUGGUAACUCAGACCCUCACUGUCAUUUGGGUUUUAUUUGGAUGUGAAUAUGUCACCAUUGGAAAACUCCCUUCUUAUCAGAACCCUACUGAAAAUACCUGGACUCUGUUACAGAUGCCAAAUAUUCUUUGUUCCGGACAAUACAACAUCACUGAUGAUGUGUGGGAAAGUUAAAAAAGUUUUUGAUGAUAUAUUUUAUUUACAAAAUAUUAUAUACUGCUGGCAUUACCAUGUGAAAGGAAAUAAAGUCAAUUGAUAAUUGCCUUGCA